GGCGGGGUUUGUAACUUCGAGAUUGGUAUUUUAGAAAAGUGUUGGAUUUGGAAAUAGAAGUAAUUAAGAAAAAAAGAUGAACAACAUAUCAAGUUACCCAGCUGUGUAUAAAAUUAGUUUUGAACAAGAUGCAUUUGAAGAACUUCAAGAAAAAUAUAGCAAAGAUAUCUUGUGUGCAGCUCGCAAUAGUGAAGUAGAAUCUGCAAUGGUUGAAUAUAUCACCAAAGUAAUUGAGCCCGUAGGGUGGAUGGCAGUGUGGAGAGCAACUCCUAAAUCUUUUGGUCUCAAUUUCUUUUGUGACAUGCUAGUUGAAGUUAAGGAUGUAAGUAUGCAGAAACUAGAAGCUGAUGUAAAAGUAUUGAGAAUAGUUUCGGAAGUCAAAUCUGAAGAAAAACCUGACUUGAAAAGUAAAGUUGAAACUAUGUUGAAAGAAGAAUUAAGUGUUCCACUGAUUGAGCUUUAUCCUGUUAGUGAAAGAGAUGAAGAAGAACAAUAUCUAAACACUGCUCUUGCUAUAGAACAUGUUAGACCGUGGGAUGAGGAUGAGGAAAAUGAUAUUUUUGUUGAGAAGUGCUUGACCCAGAGACUCAGAUUUUCACCAUACGUUGGAGUCCAUCAUGCGGCAGCUGAGUUUCCUGACAAAAGACCAGACAUACCAUUUCGUGGUGAACCUGGUCAGGAUGAUGAUGAUCUGGAUAUACUGUUUCCACCUCCUUCCUUUGCCAUGCAAUCUCAGGAUUACAUCUGUUGCCACUCCCAUUUCUUCCUCCUCAUGGUAUCUCAG